AUGGGAUACAGUGGCAGUGGAAGACGCGCUCUUGGUGAUGGCGUACACGGUGGCUACCGCCAUCACUCUGCUGACACUGGAGCUUCAGGGUCUAGGGACAAUGCACCUAUUAUCACGUUGCCUGAAGAGGAUGAUGAAGAAGAGGAGAGGAAUAUGAGGCGUCCAGCUCGCGCGCACCGAUCCAAUGGUGGUCAUACUGGUCCUGUGAUUCGUGAAAUAAGUGAGGAGGAAGCAGAAUCGAGUAUUCCGAAACGUAGUCGCCGAGGAUUCGGUGGAUUCUUCCGUGCUAACGACGCGUAA